AUGCGUGACUGUGUGGCUGACAUCAAGAGAAUAACUCAACUUCGCUGGUCCCAGAAGCAAGUUCCAGGCAACCCCACAUGCCUUGCGCAUCCUGCCUACUCACGCGAGGAGAUCGCUAAAUGGAAGGAGGAGUUCCAGAAGCUGAACAAGGACUAUGAUGGUUAUAUCGACCCUUAUGAGCUCAUUGGUAUUGCAAACGAAAAGGGUCUAGGCAUGACCGACGAAGAGGCUGUAGCAUGGGUCAAAAAGCUGGACUUUAACGGCGAUGGCAGAGUUUCAUUCGGCGAAUUCCUCGCAGAAUUUGGUAAGAGGAACGAGAGCAGCAGCUAG